AUGAAAGGGGUCCCAGCAAACAUCGUUAGCGCCCUGGCGGCGCUCGUCGGCCUGGCCCAAGCCAACUCCGACAUUGUCAGCCUCUACACCAGUGGCAACACCUACAUCACGGAAGCGAGCGCAACACUCGUGCUCCCGAAGCUCCCAAGUCCCGUAUCUGGGGAUGUCGCCAUCUGGAGCGCAAUUAUGAUGGAGAACGAGGCCUCUUUCCUACAGGGCGUGACAUCAAACUCUCCGUCUGGAUCGUACUGCAAUGACCAGGGCAAGAACUGGUGUAACUUUGCAUACACAUUGGUUGAUAAGCUAAACUCAUCAACACAACUUUGGGACCAAAAUGUCUACAUCGACGGCGAACUCCUCUCCUCCGUCUCGACCAGCAAGGGCCAGCACGGAGACAUCUUCUACAUCUCCAUCGAGUGCGCAUCCGGCGGAUGUGCCCAGCACCCAGCCCACAGCUGGCAGGACGUGUCGGUCGUGCUCAACCAGGCAGACCAGCGCUUCAAGCACUCGGGCAGCUGGAACUUCGGCGCCACCGGCGGAGCCAUGUCGACGCCCGACGGUGGCAAGACCUGGACCUUGACCACUCUCAACAUCCCGGCACAGAAGGCGGAGUGA